GCUGGAUGCACGCAACACUUUCUUGCUCAGCAAGAUGUUUUGCACGAGCUGGCAGCGUUAGAGUUGUUGGCCGGAGUCACAUCCGGCUCAUUCAUCAGAUAACGCCUGUGUGCGCCGCGAAAAGACUUGUAUCUGUACCACCACCUCCUCGCCGGGCUCUUUCCAAGUCCACAAGGAUGGCGCCGCUGGAGAGCAUCACGCAGUCACUCGCAAGCCUCUCGAUCGCUCCGUCGGCUUCCGUGACCCACGCCGCCGCUAGCUCCCCCGCUGCCUGGCGCGAGGCCCUCGAGUCGAGCGAAGGCGCACCGAAGUCGUUCGAGCUCGUGAAAACAAUCGUCUACAAACCCAAAACUGCCAAAACCGCGACGCCUGUCCCGCUCGUCGUCAUCGCGAGAGAAAACACCGAUGUCAUCUCGGCUGCGCUGGGCAGGAAGCUGAAUCUGAAGGAGCUCAGGCUCGCGUCGGAGGAUCUGCUUGCAGAGUUCUUUGCAGUCGACAAGCAUUCUCUGUCCCCGCUUGCUCUGAACGAGAACAAUUUCUCAAAAGUUGCCGUCGCGGUCGACACGACUAUCGAAGAGUCCUCCUCCACCUUUGCCAUCCGCGGACUCACCACGGAAGCUACCCUCUUCAUCACUGGACGCGAACUCGUCUCGUACCUCAAGCGUCUCGAGACCAAGGAGGCGCAGAUCAACCUUGUCGACUUUGAAGCCCUCAAGACAGAGGCUCCCGCUGCUACUCCCGCUGCGCAGCCCGCAAAGAAGGAGAAGGAGGAUGCCAAGAUUGAGGGUGCUGUCCAGAUUGCGAUUGGUGUCAAGAAAGAGGUCGAUUUCGCGACAUGGUACACGAGUGUUCUGACCAAGGCGGACAUGAUCGACUACUACAACGUCUCCGGCUGCUACAUUCUCAAGCCGUGGUCGUAUAGCAUCUGGGAGAUCAUACAGGGCUGGUUCGAUGCGCACAUCAAAGAGCUCGGUGUCCAGAACGCGUACUUCCCCAUGUUUGUCUCGGCCAAGGUGCUCGAGCGUGAGAAGGACCAUGUCGAAGGUUUCUCCCCCGAAGUAGCUUGGGUCACACGAGCGGGUAGCUCUGAUUUAGAGGAGCCUAUCGCCAUCCGUCCGACAUCGGAAACUGUCAUGUACCCUCACUACGCCAAGUGGAUCAAGAGUCAUCGUGACCUUCCCCUCAAGCUGAAUCAGUGGAAUAACGUCGUCCGAUGGGAGUUCAAGAACCCCCAGCCCUUCCUCCGUACCCGUGAAUUUUUGUGGCAAGAGGGCCACACUGCCUUUCUAACCAAAGCAGAGGCCGAUAAAGAGGUUCGCGAUAUCCUCGACCUUUACCGCCGCGUCUAUGAGGAACUUCUCGCUGUCCCUGUUAUUCCUGGUGUCAAGUCUGAGAAAGAGAAGUUUGCUGGUGGUCUCUACACCACCACCGUCGAGGGCUUCAUCCCGACUUCCGGUCGAGCUAUCCAGGCCGCCACUUCGCAUUGUCUCGGUCAGAACUUCUCGCGCCCCGAAAUGUUCGAUAUUGUCGUCGAGGACCCGAACGACAUCACCGGCAAGGGCAAGAUAUACGUCUGGCAGAACUCGUGGGGUCUCUCGACGCGUACGAUCGGUGUCAUGGUCAUGACUCAUGGUGACAACCAGGGCCUUGUCCUCCCGCCGCGCGUCGCAAGCGUCCAGGUCGUCAUCGUCCCCUGCGGUGUCACCGCGAAUAACCGCCAGGAGAUGAACGACAAGUGUGAGGAGCUUGCCUCGAUGCUGCGCAAGGCCGGCAUUAAGGCGCGUGCGGACGUGCGCGACGGUUACACGCCCGGAUACAAGUUCAACGACUGGGAGCAGAAGGGCGUGCCCCUUCGCCUCGAACUCGGCCCUGCCGACCUCGCGAAAAAACAAACACUGUCCGUCCGCCGUGACACUGGUGUCAAGGCGCCGCUCGCGCUCGGGGAAAUUGCCAAGACCGUGCCCCAGCUCCUCGAGACGAUCCAGGCGGACCUGUUCAAGCGCGCGAAGGAGGCAUAUGACUCGCGUCUGAAGACGAUCACUAACUGGGGCGAGGUCGUUCCCGCGCUUGACAGUAAGUGCGUGGUUGCGAUGCCCUGGUGCGAGGAAGAGGCGUGUGAGGAUGACAUCAAGGAACGCAGCGGCAGAUCAUCUGAGCCUCAGGACGAGCGAGCUCCUUCGGCAGGCGCCAAAUCGCUUUGCAUUCCCUUCGACCAGGAACGGUUCCCUCCUAUCGAGCCUGGCAAGACGAAGUGCACGGCGUGUGGCAAGGAUGCUAAGCGCUGGACGUUGUUUGGCCGCUCGUACUAAAGGAGAUGUGUGGCAUUGUGCUUUACUUCAUGUGUUGGUGUGUUAGGUAUAAAUGGUGAAUAUAAAAGCUGCCUUGAACACGUCACUACUGCCAGCGUUUUUCGGACGCACGACUAUAUACGAACUUGAAGAAAAAUCUAUACUUUUUGUAGCCGAGGUUCAUGUUCAGGC